GAAUGGAUGAUCCUCACCACCAUCAUUGCAAACUGCAUCGUCCUGGCCCUGGAACAGCAUCUUCCCGAUGGAGACAAGACGCCUCUGUCUGAGCGACUGGAGGAAACGGAGCCCUACUUCAUAGCCAUCUUCUGUUUUGAGUCAGGGAUCAAGAUCCUGGCUCUGGGUUUUGCGUUACAUAAGGGCUCCUACCUGAGGAACGGGUGGAACGUCAUGGACUUCGUGGUUGUGCUCACUGGUAUUUUGUCGUCUGUGGGUUCUCAGCUUGACCUGAGGACACUGCGAGCCGUCAGAGUGCUACGGCCACUGAAACUGGUGUCAGGGAUUCCCAGCCUGCAGGUGGUGCUCAAGUCCAUCAUGAAGGCUAUGAUUCCCCUGCUGCAGAUUGGCCUGCUAUUAUUCGUGGCCAUCCUCAUGUUUGCCAUCAUCGGCCUGGAGUUCUACAUGGGAAAGUUCCACACUACCUGCUACGACGAAGUCACACGAGAGGUAGUGGACGAAUUACCAUGUGGCACAGAGUUGCCGUCCAGGUUGUGUCCUAAUGGCACAGUGUGUAGAGGUGGCUGGCUUGGACCAAACUACGGCAUCACCCAGUUCGACAACAUCCUGUUCGCCGUGCUCACCGUCUUCCAGUGCAUCACCAUGGAGGGAUGGACAGACAUGCUCUACUACAGUAAUGAUGUGGAGGGCAGUGCCUGGAACUGGAUGUACUACAUCCCUCUCAUCAUCAUCGGCUCCUUCUUCAUGCUCAACCUGGUGCUGGGUGUACUCUCAGGUGAAUUUGCCAAAGAGAGAGAGCGAGUGGAGAACAGGAGCGAGUUCCUCAAGCUGAGGCGACAGCAGCAGAUUGAGAGAGAGCUCAACGGAUACCUGGAGUGGAUCUGCAAAGCAGAGGAGGUGAUUUUGGCUGAAGAUGACUCCACAGGGAACUUUGAUGGUUCGAGGCGAAGGCCAACCAUCAAAACCAAAAACAACAAGACAGAGCUGCUGAACCCUGAGGAAGGGGAGGACAACAUGGGAGACGCAGUAGGUUUUGCACGCUCCAGUAUAAAGAGCGGUAAGGACGGCUCCAAUUACAAUAAAACGGAACGACGAAUGCGAUUCUUUAUCCGCAAGAUAGUGAAGACGCAGGCUUUCUAUUGGACGGUGCUCUGCCUGGUGGGCCUCAACACCAUGUGUGUGGCUGCGGUGCAUUACAACCAGCCUGAGCUGCUCUCCGACUUCCUCUUCUAUGCAGAGUUUAUCUUCCUCGGUUUGUUCAUGUCUGAGAUGCUGAUCAAGAUGUAUGGUCUGGGCAUCCAGCCCUACUUCCACUCCUCAUUCAACUGCUUCGACUGUGUGGUAAUCGUGGGCAGUAUCUUCGAGGUGGUGUGGGCCACCAUUAAACCAGGCACGUCCUUUGGGAUCAGUGUAUUAAGAGCUCUGCGACUGCUCCGCAUCUUCAAAGUCACCAAGUACUGGGCACCUCUUCGAAACCUGGUGGUUUCUCUGCUAAACUCCAUGAAGUCCAUUGUCAGUUUGCUCUUCCUCCUCUUCCUCUUCAUCGUGGUCUUUGCCUUGUUGGGGAUGCAGCUGUUUGGAGGACAAUUCAACUUUGAAGGCGGAACCCCUCCUACUAACUUUGACACUUUUGCAGCAGCGAUCAUGACGGUGUUUCAGAUCCUGACAGGAGAGGACUGGAACAUGGUGAUGUACGACGGCAUUAAGUCCCAGGGAGGAGUGAACGACAAAGGGAUGGUCUUCUCCAUCUUCUUCAUCGUCCUUACACUGUUUGGCAACUACACUCUGCUUAACGUCUUCUUGGCCAUCGCUGUCGACAAUCUGGCCAAUGCCCAGGAGCUCACCAAGGAUGAGGAGGAACAAGAGGAAGCAGCCAAUCAGAAGACAGCAAUGCAGAAGGCUAAGGAAGUAGCAGAGGUCAGCCCGCUGUCAGCAGCCAACCUGUCUAUUGCUGCCCUUUCAGAUGAACAGCUCUGUAAGGAGCAGCAGAAGAACCACAUCAAGGGCAACAAGUCAGUGUGGGAGCAAAGGACGAGCGAGAUCCGCCGUCAGAACCUGAUGACGAGCCGCGAGGCGCUCUACAACGAGCUGGAGCAAGAGGACUGGAAGGUGGGAGGGGAGGGAGAGGAGGUGUCCUACCCACGGAAAGCACGCGGUGAUAUGAAGACCCACCUGGAUCGGCCACUGGUUGUCAACCCGCAGGACAACCGUAACAACAACACCAACAAGACCCAACCUGGUGAGCUGCCUCUGGACCAGGAGUACCGGCGCCAGGACAUUGACCACUACCACAGAGCCACACACUAUCACCACCACCACCAUCAUCAGAAAGCCACAGGGCCAGACAGUGGAGGUACGGGCCAGCCAGCGGAGACCCGCAUGGAGCGCGGCUUCAGCUGCACUUCUCUGGGCAACGUGGAAGGCCAGCAGGGGGAGGAGAGGCAAAGCCACAGGAGCCACCGGGGCCACAGGCACAGGAACAGGGAAGGCAGGGAAGCUCGGAGCGUGUCUCCCCACCAGAGUGAAGGGGGAGAGGGGAACAACGAACCUAGGAGGUCCAGGCAGCACCGCAGGGCAGCCAAGGAGGGGGAAGAAGGCAGGAGACACAGAUCCAGGGGGACAGAGGGAGAGGGGGAGAAAGGAACAGAAGGGGAGGGACGGAAGACGAGACGGCAUCGCCACGGCAACCAGGAGAGGAGCAGAGGGCAUCGCACCAGAAAGGAGCACCACAGCACCUGUCCCAGCCUCUCCACCACACGACCCAUUCAGCAGUACAACGAGGACCUGGACAACUUCCGUAAUAACAGCAAGCUGGCCAGUGCCCAUGAGCACCCAUACGCCCUCCCACCGGAUCACCCCAACCACCCUGACCACGUCAACAACUUGCUGAACUGCCGCGACGCCGACACCCACACCCUGCUCCACAGCAUGGACAGUCUAAUCCUGACCAGCAUGGCCAAACCUGAGUACACAAAGAUAGACAUGCCUCCUGUCUACCCCUAUCCCUCCACCAAUGCCAUCCUGCAAGUGAACAAGAAUGCCAACACCGACCAGAAGAAGAGUGAGGAGAAAAAGGAGGAGGAGGAUGAGGAAGGAGAUGAAGAUGGCCCCAAACCCAUGCCUCCAUACAGUUCCUGCUUUAUACUGUCCACCACCAACCCGUUUCGGAAGUGCUGUCACUACAUCCUGACUCUGAAGUAUUUUGAGUUCAGCAUCCUGUCUGUCAUCGCUAUGAGCAGCAUCGCCCUCGCUGCAGAGGACCCUGUCUGGCCUGACUCACCACAAAAUAAUGUGCUGCGUUAUUUUGACUACGUUUUCACAGGCGUCUUCACGUUUGAAAUGUUGAUCAAGAUGGUGGUGCUGGGCUUGUUUCUCCACCAGGGCUCCUACUUCCGCGACUUGUGGAACAUUCUGGACUUUAUAGUGGUUAGUGGUGCUCUGGUGGCCUUCGCCUUCACGUAAGGUGGGGGGGGGAGCAGCAAGGGUAAAGAUAUCAGUACGAUCAAGUCCCUUCGUGUGCUAAGGGUGUUGCGUCCUCUGAAGACCAUCAAACGGCUCCCCAAGUUAAAGGCUGUGUUUGACUGUGUGGUCAACUCUCUGAAGAAUGUGCUGAACAUCUUGAUUGUCUACAUGCUCUUCAUGUUCAUCUUCGCUGUGGUGGCCGUGCAGCUUUUCAAGGGUAGAUUUUUCUACUGCACGGACGAAUCCAAAGAGUUUGAGCGCGACUGCAGGGGCGAGUACUUGGUGUAUGAUAGAGAUGAGGUUAAAGCCCAGAAGCGGGAGUGGAAGAAGUACGAUUUCCACUACGACAACGUGGCUUGGGCCCUGCUCACCCUCUUCACUGUCUCAACUGGAGAGGGGUGGCCGCAGGUGUUAAAGCACUCAGUGGACUCCACCUAUGAGAAUCAGGGCCCUAGCCCAGGUUACAGGAUGGAAAUGUCCAUCUUUUACGUGGUGUACUUCGUUGUCUUCCCCUUCUUCUUCGUAAACAUCUUUGUGGCUCUUAUCAUCAUCACCUUCCAGGAACAGGGGGAUAAGAUGAUGGAGGACUAUAGUUUAGAAAAGAAUGAGAGAGCUUGUAUAGAUUUUGCCAUCAACGCCAGGCCUCUGACUCGCCACAUGCCGAAGAAUAAACUGAGCUUCCAGUAUCGCAUGUGGCAGUUUGUGGUGUCUCCGCCCUUCGAGUACAGCAUCAUGGCUCUGAUUGCGCUCAACACCAUCGUCCUUAUGAUGAAGUUUGAUGGUGCAUCGCCAACAUACGAUGAAGUCCUGAAGAACCUCAACAUCGUGUUUACCACCUUCUUCUUCAUGGAGUCAGUCCUCAAGAUCAUCGCUUUCGGCCCUCUGAAUUACUUCAGAGAUGCCUGGAACAUUUUUGAUUUUGUCUCCGUCCUUGGAAGCAUCACUGACAUAUUAGUGACAGAGCUAGGGAUGAAUAACUUCAUCAACUUGAGUUUCCUGAGGCUGUUCAGAGCAGCUCGCCUCAUCAAGCUACUGAGACAGGGAGAGACCAUCCGCAUCCUGUUGUGGACCUUUGUCCAGUCCUUCAAGGCUCUGCCUUACGUCUGCCUGCUCAUUGCCAUGCUUUUCUUCAUCUAUGCCAUCAUCGGCAUGCAGUUGUUUGGGAAUCUGGCACUAGAUGAGGAGGGAGAGAGUGCCAUCAACGAGCACAAUAACUUCAGAACCUUCAUUAUGGCCCUCAUGCUGCUCUUCAGGAGCGCUACGGGCGAGGCGUGGCAUGAGAUCAUGUUGGCUUGCCUGGGUGGUAAAGAAUGCGACCCGGCCUCAGGGAACACAGAACCUGAAUGUGGCAGCACCUUCGCCUACACCUACUUUGUCUCCUUCAUCUUCCUCUGCUCUUUCCUGAUGCUGAAUCUGUUUGUGGCCGUCAUCAUGGACAACUUUGAGUACCUGACCAGAGACUCCUCUAUCCUGGGGCCACAUCACCUGGACGAGUAUGUAAGGAUAUGGGCCGAGUACGAUCCUGCUGCCUGCGGGCGCAUACAUUAUAAGGAUAUGUACAGUUUAUUGCGAGUUAUCUCCCCUCCCCUGGGCCUUGGCAAGAAAUGCCCACAUAGGGUGGCCUGCAAGAGGCUGCUGCGCAUGGAUCUGCCGGUUGCGGAUGACAACACGGUGCAUUUUAACUCAACCCUCAUGGCUCUGAUCAGGACAGCCCUGGAUAUAAAGAUUGCCAAGGGCGGUGCAGACAAGCACCAGAUGGAUGCAGAGCUGAGAAAGGAGAUGAUGGCUAUUUGGCCAAACUUAUCACAGAAGACACUGGACCUGCUGGUUACACCGCACAAGGCCACAGACUUGACGGUGGGCAAAAUCUACGCUGCCAUGAUGAUCAUGGAGUACUACCGGCAGAGCAAGACGAAAAAGCUGCAGGCCCUGCGAGAGGAACAGAACCGAACGCCAUUAAUGUUUCAGCGCAUGGAGCCGCCCUCUGAGGGAGGGGGCACAGACGGCCAGGGGGGCCAAGGCCUGAACGGCCUCCCCAACACCCAGCCGGACAACCUCAACAGCAUACCUCCCGAGGGUGGCAUGACUGAGAGCCAGUCGUGGGUGACGGCCAAAGCCCAGAAAAUGUUCCAAAAUACGGGUAACUGGAGCCCCGACAGACCCUACCCCGACGAUCUCCAUGACAACCGUCACAACCCGCAGACGGUAGAGAUGAGGGAGAUGGGGCGGGACGGGUACUCCGACACUGAGCCCUAUCACCCAAUGGAUGGGCAUGGGCGGACCCUCUCCAUGCCCCGCCUCUCGGCAGACAACCAAAGAGCUCAUCCUGUUUCGCGGAGGAGACACAGGCCUCGCGGAAAUAACCUCAGUUCAUCGAGGCCGCUGGAGCGGGCCUCCGCCUGGGGACAGCCUGGAGGGUGACGGGCCUUUCUACGAGCGCGACUACGAGUAUGAGCGACACCAUGAGCCCCCUGCCUACGAGCAAAGCCUCUCCCACGGCAACCCACACCCACAUGGGGGAAAUCCUCACCCACACCCACGCUCACCUAGGACUGCCCGCCACGGGCCCCCUCCGCCCCCUCACCCUCAUCCACGUAGGGUGCCCAAUGGUUACCGCUCAUCCUCACCUUCUCCACAUCGGCGGGGACCACCAGGGGCGCCCCCCCACCCACACCACCGCCCUCCCCAUGGCAGAGGGCCCCGCAAGGGCCUGCAUGAACCUUAUAGUGAGACGGAUGAGGAUGACUGGUGCUAGCAACCGCAGGGAGCGAGGGAUAUGGGCAGGAGAGGAGAAGAAGAAUAGCAGCCUCCAAUGCUCUGGCAUUGGAUAUGUAGACUUUUAAUAAAGCAGAGGUGGUGAAAAUGUUGGGGGCAGGGCUUGUGAACGCCCUCCAAACCCUCUACCUUCACCCCUCGGACUCUAAAUGAGAGGAAAGGGUGGGGUGGGGGGGAGCGGG